CCGCUACGCUGACAGUGUCUCAGACUUAGUGAAGUUAUCAGUCCGCCUUUUUGCAAUUAAUCGUUAUCUCUCAUUCUGCGAGACCCGCAUUGUAACGUAACGACGGACGUAAAUUUAUCGUCUCGUGUUUGAUUGUAAACCCCUCAGUUAUGCGAAACCAUCUCAUUAUGAGUAUUGUUUUUCAUUACUCCCCCCUCUCUCUCUUAACAACUUGUAACACAGACCGUUAUAUGAAAAAUCACUCUUCGAAGCUUGGAAAAUCAUGCCGGAAGGUGCAACGGUGCAAAAGAAUAAUGCAAAUUUCUUUUGAAAAGUGACAUUUAACUGCGCCGCACGUCAUUUAUUCCUCUCAGCAUCGUUGAUCGCGACAGAGGGACCGACAAUAAGACGAUCGGCCCAUCGUUACGGUGUUUUCAACAACCGACGACAAGGGAAGUGUGUUUGUGUUUGCUUGCCGACGCUUCGCCAUUAUCAAGAGAGCAUUCUUAAGCGCGGAUAACAAUACGCGAAAUCGACAGGACGGCCAGGUCUUCGACGGCGGGUCUAACCGACGAUCUUUUAUCGCUAUGGAGACUCGCGAAUGUGUCUCGAAUUUCACCGUAAAAGAUGAACCGGUCGAAAUUUCCGGAGAGAAGCAGCACAUUCGUGACAGCAUCGACCAUGGAAAGGUCAUCGUCGUGGUAUCGCCAACUGAAACAAAACCACUUGCUUCCAAUGAAUAUUUGAGGAAUAAGAAGCUCAAUAACAUGAAUUUUCUUAACGUUAUCUCUUCUAUGCAUUCCCUCGUAAAGAAGAAUUUCGAUAACGACGAUGACGAUAAAGAAAACGUGAUGUUCAAACGCAUUUCCGGCGAGUCGAAGCAGUCGUGUAGCAACCGAGAAGUGGACAAGAUUUUUCCUCCUCCGCAGCAGCAGCAGCAGCAGCAGCAGCAACAGCAGACACAGGCAAAUCGAUCGCCGAGACGCAAAAGCACCGGUAUCCCGACGUUGUUGUGCAUCGAUGGCAACAGACCUGCGGAUGCGGCGGUGACUGGAGUUAAACGCAAAAUUCCGAGGCCGGCAAAUGCUUUCAUGCUGUUUGCCAAUGAAUGGCGAAGGAAACUCGCCGCGGAGAAUCCUCGGGAAUCGAACAAGGACAUCAGCGUCAGGUUGGGCAUUUUCUGGAAAAACAUGUCGAAGGAUGUGAAGGAAAAAUAUUUUGCUCUGGCACGCGAGGUGGACAAGGAGCAUAAGAGAAAGUAUCCCGGUAGGUCCUGCAAAGAGGGAGAAAUAGUUCUUUUCUUUUUUAACGUGAGCUUAUAUACCUAUAACAGUUACCCGGGCGAAUCGUCCGAGUUUUCCGAUUUAUCGCUGAUUUAUGGCGCGCGCGCGCGCGCGCUACGCAGCUACGUGACAGAUUAUCACAUCCUGCCAAUGCGAAGGAUAGCGCGAACGAUGCGGGAGAAUAAGAUAACGGGGGAAAGAAAGUACCGAUAAAAAUGCCUGGAAUGUGUCGUGGACUAUCCGCCGAGAGCCGGCGGGUCUCGCUAAAAUUAGAAAAGCUUGUUACUUUCACACUCCGUGCACGACAUCCCAAAGUGUCGGGCUACCGUCUAUAAAUAGUCCAGGUUGGAUUAGAUAUCGAUCGCCGGCGAUAAGUCCGUCCGCGUUAUCGUGCGACGAAAAACGGAAAGCGCUACCGCGGCACCCAGCGCGCCAAUGUCUCAUCCCCGGUGAUCCCGGUCUUUGAUCCAGGUGCGCACAUAUAUAUCGCUUGGUCCCAUCGACCCACAUCACCCUCUAACGUGACGUUACUUCGAUCGGAAAGGGACAUUACUUAUGUAUUGUUAUUUGCCAUCGCCGCUAAUUAAUACCAUUCUAACGCAAGGUAAUCUUCGCUCGGUAAUGCAAAGGUAAUCUUUGAUUAUCUUUACGGCCUAUACGUGACGCUGCGACUGAAAUGUCAGGUCUUUAUUAGAGUUCAUGUCAACUGAGGAGGUACGCAAGAAAUCGGUGUCGCGAGUUUCUCGUCAACUGUAGGUCGCAAACGCGACGGCGACGACGACGACGACGACGACGACGACGACGAGCACAAACGAUCUUCGUUGUGGGCGGUAAAGGGUGGACGCGGGAGGAUGCGAGUUUUGCGGGUCGAGGUACAGGGUAGCGAGAGCGGAGAGAAAUAUUCUCGGGUGAGUGACGCGGGGAGAACGCGCGGGUGGGAAACGGCAGGCGGAGAGAGAGACCGGAGGUAUUGAUUGCGACGCGACUCUAGGAACCUGCCCGAUACACGACCGCCGGCUCUACCUACCUACCUACCUACUGCCUACACCCACCGGGGGGGCCGAGCGAGCGAGCGAGCGAACGAGCGAACUAGCGAGCGAUUACGCUUCGUACAUCCCGCGUCGCCGUCGCGCGCGCACUCGUGCGCGAGAGGAACGUCGCACGCGCGAGCGCGUACAACAGGCGUGCUCGUUGCACGCCGAACGGCGAAGCAGUCCUGGCCCACUGACUUUCGCCCGCUUUUCCGCCAAUUACGUUCAUCACGUCUCUCUCUCCCUGUACACUGUAAAAGUUACCGUAAUAAUGAUAAUAAUAAUAAUAAUACAUUUUGUCGAGAGACGAUGUAAAAGUUUAUUAAUAUCUUCUGCAUCAAGUAAUUGCAAUUUUUCUAAUAGUACAUCUCGCACGGGAAGAAUGGGAGAGUUAAAGUAUAUGAAUCUACUUCUUAUUGCAUAGAUUUCUCUAAAUAGCAACGUAGGGAUCGUCUCGAGAGCAGUUGGAGUGGCGAAUUCUUCUAUUUUUUUUUUUUACCUGAUUAUACAGGGGUGCGUCGCUCGAGGGAUAGUAAAGAUAGUUAACUCGUUAGAUCGAUACGUAUUAUUUUUGUCCGUGUCUCUUGCAGCCGAUAUUGUUCAGACGAAUCCUUCGCUUCUUCGAGCAAACCGCAAAUUACCGUUUCUACCGACGCGCGCGCGAUUAACGUUGUAAGAAUCGUUGACAUUCUUACAAUUUCAUUAUUUUAGUUUCGCUUAUAUGUGAUCAUUAUUCACAGUAUAAUUAACAUUUGUUUUUUUCCCCCCAAAAUAAAGUUUUUAUAUAUUUAAUGAUAAAAAAAGAUGAAUAUAUUUUAACGAUUAGAUAUAUUAGGCAAUUAAACACGCGGAAACGUGAUACUUGAUACUUAAUUCAUCGUUUCGCGCGCAUGUAAUAUUAAUUAAGUAUAUUAGAAUGUAGUACGAAUUGAAUGAAGAGGCGACAUUUAAUUGCACUUUUCGGCCACUCGCUCGCUGCAUUUAUCGCCCCGUUACUUUGCGUUAAUGUUAAAUUUUAUUUUUGCGUUCCCGUAUCCUAUUUCGAUUCGCGUAUCGCCGUGUCCCGGCUUCGAAACGCUCGUUCGCUCGCUCGCGACAAGUACCGGUGCAAUUUUCCCGUCCUCGUUUUCAACCGUCCGCCGAUAAUGUAAUCGAUGCCAAUUUCAGUCGGGGCGGGCGUCCCGAGUGGUCAAUUAAGAUCACCGGGAAGCGGCGGAGACCGCAUCGAUGCGUCCUGCGCCGUCGGGCAUCGACGGCGCGCCGACCGAAUUCACGUGCAUCUGCGCGGCGAGGGUGAAAGGGACGAAGGGUGGGCGUAAGGGAAGUGGAAGAGGGGGAGGGGGCGGAGAGAGGGGGUGGCGCGCAGUAGGUCGCGCCGAGAGAAGCCGUCAAAAUGUCGAGGCCCCCCUGCAUCCAGGCGGCACGACGAGCCGAUGGUACGAGCGGAGGAGGAUGGUGUCGCGGUGUGCACCGGGCUGAUCGCCGGUCAUCGAUCCACCGACGUGCCGAUGCGAGAGAGGGAUGAAAGGGGGAGAAAGAGAGAGAGAGAGAGAGAGAGAAAAGCUCGGGUGCGCAAAGUGAGAGAGCUCGCCGUCACGACGGAUUCACGGUGCGCGCGGAUCACGCGAACGUAUAAUAAGAGAAUAUUUAAUCGGCGGCGACGCAAUUAACCGAUCGCGUCCACCAAUAUGCAUAAUAAUUGCUUAAGCGGAGAAACGGGGAAAAGAGAAGAGGAGGGGGGGGGGGGGAGUAACGUUCGUCGCGCUAGCGAGGUUGAUAAAUCGUAGUCGCGCGCCGGAUAAGCGCGACGCGCGACUUAUGAUUAGGGGGAGGCUCACGGUGGAAUGGAUUAUGCACGUUCUCCACGACCGCGACGCCGAACGCGUCCAGAAGACGUAUUCGCCGAAGCACUUGCUCGACUAAUGCGAUAUAGCCGCUUCGGCCGCCGAGACAGCCGAGUUAAUCCUCUUCGGCCGCUCGAUGCUCUUCGAGCGUCGAUCUUCCGCGCUCUCAGUCGGAGAGAGCAUCAUCUGUCGAGACGCUCCCUCAAAUCCAACGACCAGCAAGUGAAUGCAGCAAAUAAAGAGAGAAGAAGGGAGAGAGAGAGAGAGAGAGAGAGAGAGAGAGGGAAGGAGGGAGGGAGGGAAAGAGGGAGUGAAAGCAGGGGAGGAGAGAAAGAGAGACGAAUUAUCGACUCUCUCGAGGCGCGGGCACUGUACGCCGCAUGCGGAACUGCGUCGAUGCGAGAGCGUUGCACGAGGGCUACGGCUUGAAGCCGUUGAAGAAGGCAACGACAGUGGAAGAGAAGAGGAGAAUUUUGCCGGCGCUUCUCCCCUCGCCUCUUCUCCUCCCAGUGACGGAUUUAGGAUCCGAGGAGCCCUAAGCGGAGACAACAACGUUACACCGCGAGUUCCACGUCUCACCGCAGGAAGGAUUCUCUUAAUUCCCCUUGUAAUUCCUCGCCCAUCAAUAAAUUCCCUUCAUUUACCAAUCACAAAUGUUUCGCAACGAUUGCUCGUACGUAUAAAAAAGAAAAGAAGAACGUCACGGAGUAGAGUAGAGACGAGUGCAGCCGCUUUAGAUGACACGCGGAACGCUUUCGGGAUCCUUCGAUAGCCUUCGGGGGGGUCCUAAGCGACCGUUUAUCGAUAAAUCCGCCACUGUCUCUUCCACCUGGCCGCGGUUUUCUCUCUCUCUUUCGCUCUCACCGCGACACACCUCGCGACGCCCUCGAGAGGGUGGGGAAUGCGCCCUCCACGCUCGUUCACCCCCUUUCGCGCCACUCCGGCUUGUCGAUGACGAAACGCACGUAAAUUCGUGGCGGCGGCGGCGCCGCCGCCACCACUACCACUAUCACCACCUCCACCGCCGCCGCCGUCGCCGUCGCCGUCGCCGUCGCCGCCGCCGCCGCCGCCACCGCCGCCGCUACCACCGCCGGAUGAAAUCAGUGCGACUGGAGUGCACCGCGAGGGAAGAACGCGGGUCUUCCCGUGUGCGGCCCGCCGUUCCCGCUUGCGGCACGCGCGCGCGCGCGUCCGCCCGCCUGCCUGCCUGCCUGCCUGCCUGCCUGCUUGUUCGCUCCUGUUCGUCCGUUCAUACAACCAUUCUGUCCGCGAGAGUGACACAGCGGCGCGAUGUGACACACAACGAGUGGGAAAACAGAGGGAGGCGUAAUUAGGUCGUUGUGCUCGCCGAAAAACCAGGGCGCCGCGCUCCCAGUUAAUUUCAAUUAAUAUAGUAAACGACCUCGCGUGUUUCUUCCGGAAGCGGAUGACGAACAUGCACUCGUUCAUUCAUCGUAACCGAACACAGACACAAGCGUGCGAAAUCGUUGUGAUAGUAGCAUAGUAGUUUUAAAUGUAUAAGAAGAGGAAAGAGAUUAACGGGGGCAUAUGAGCGAGGGAAGCGUGCCUCGUGUUUUUAAAAUUCUUUAGGAUCGUUUAGGGAAACACUGUCGUCCGUGAUAGCACGAGGAAACAGGAAGAGGAAGGAACCUGGAGCUAACUGAUCGAUGCGUCGCGUGGACUAGGUCAAGUGACUGAUUAACAGGCGGGAGCAAAUUAGAGCGAUCGUAAACGCAGAGAGGCGUCGAAAGAAGAUUCCGGGCGAUUUUCGAUCGAACCCCCAGUCGUCCAAUCGCCCGGCGCGAUAUCGAGUCUGAAAGAUAAUUGUUUAUCGAGCAAGAGAAGAGGAAAGAAAGGAACGGGAAAAAUUCAACUGGACCGAAUCCGUCGAAAAAAAAA